AUGGCUGCCUUCGCUACAGCCGUGACAGCCGUCACGCCCGUGACACUUCAUCCUCCCAGCACUUCCUGGCCGCGCUUGGGCCCCACACCCCGCCGCUGGACGCCGUGGACGCCCAUGGCCCUCGGCAGCGCGGCCGCGCACGUCCGUGCCGCGCACGUGCGCGUCCGGCGGCGCGCGGCGGAAACGGACGCGGAGGAGCUGCCGCGGCGCGCGGCCGUGGGGGCGGCAGCCACACUGGGCGCAGUGCUGGCGACGGAUGCCACGUUGAGGGCGCAGGACGAGAGGUAUGCUGCGCUGGGGACGAUUUUGGCGCCGGCUCCUUACAAGGAGACGGUGAGAACUGAACUGGUGCCGGGCCGCAUUUGGGGCUUUGAGCAAUGCAUUGCGCUGGCCUCGGUUUCGACCAACAUCCGGAUGACGGCGGUGAAGCUGAAGGACGGCACGUUGUGGGUCUCUGCUCCCAUUUCGCCCACCCGCCAGUGCUUGCGACUCCUGGAGGAGUUGGGUCCGGUGGCACAUCUGGUGGUGCCCUCCUCAGCGCUGGAGCACAAAGCCUCCUUGUCCGAGUUCACCAAGUUCUAUCCCAAGGCCUCCAUUUGGGCAGUGCCCGGUUCCACCAAGGGCCUUUUCGCAGUGCCCAGCAGUGCCCAGGUCUUGGGGUCGACGGGACCAACGCCACCCUGGGCUGAUGAGCUGGAAUGCAAGGUCUUCUUCGUGGAGCCUCCGGUGACCGAUUUGUUUGCAGAGGCGGCCUUCUUUCACAAGGAGACGCGCACCUUGCUGGUCACAGACUGUGCGCUGAAACUGCCGCAGUCUCCGCCAAAGGUCUUGGAAUCCUAUGGCUACGAUGGCACGCCGGGGCCCAUCUCCUUGGAGCAAUGGAGAUAUAAAGCUAUCGCCUUUGACUUUGUCACGGGCCGAAACCAAGACGAGAAGGACUUUGCAGUCUUGUCGAAGGCACCCGCCCUGGUGAACCCCUUGCUCCGCUUCAUCGUCUACCGGCGUUGCCCACAGCAAGCGGCCGCGUGGGUGAAGUCCGUCGCCGCGUGGCCCUUCCAACGGAUCGUGCCAGCUCACCUCCAGGCGCCAUUUGAUUGCAAUCCGAAGCAGUUCCUGGAGGCAUUUGGCUUCCUGUUCGAUCGGAAGAGCUCCUGGGAGCCAGAGGAUGAGCAGCUGUCAUUCCUGCGGUCCCUUCGGGAGAUCGUGGGAGGCCCCACCUUCUGA